ACUUUCUCACGUAACAGAAUGUCAUUAUUGCGUUAAAAUAAUGAAAUUAGGAAUAAGUUUUUCUAAAAGUGAGUCAAAGAUCCUUCUAAACUGAGCAAGUUUAGCUGACAUCACUGCUGUCAAACAUGGUCGUGAAAACAACAGAAGAAAAAUAUUGCAAAUGAUGUAGUUUUCGUUGAAAUAAGUGCUAAUUUUUGCUUAUCCGGGCAAUAAAAAUUGUGCAACGCGUAGCGAAAAGUGCGAAAAAUAGUGUAAAUCACUCGGUGUCGCGGGGAACCGUUUCGGUGCGGUGGAAACUCGUGAUGUUUUAGUUGUUUUGAUCGGAAUCGUAUAACAGGAAAAAUCGCGCAUCAAAUGUUGAUAGUUUCGGGAAGGGGCAGACAAAUACGAGCUAAUCCGCAAGAAAUUCCGGCCGCCGUUGAGAUGUCUCCCCUGUGGACGGCAAAGUACGACUAUGAGGCCCAGGGCGAAGAUGAACUCUCGCUGCGGGUCGGUCAGAUUGUGUACGUGUUGUCGAUGGAUAGCAGCAUCUCCGGGGACGAGGGUUGGUGGACGGGCAGGAUUGGUGACAGGGUUGGGAUUUUCCCAUCUAAUUUCGUCACGAAUGAAGAUCCAACAGUGUUGAAUGUGCAGCCAUUGGAGAUAAAGUUGAAAGAGCUCGACCUCAAAGAUAUAAUCGGAUCCGGAGGUUUCAGUACAGUUCAUCGUGCCUUUUGGAAUGGUGAAGAGGUUGCAGUUAAAGUGUCUCAUCAAAAUGCAGAUGUUUAUGUUACCCGGGAGAAUGUAUUAAAGGAAGCAAAACUUUUCUGGUCGUUGAAACAUCCAAACAUUGUCGAACUGAAGGGAGUAUGUUUGGAUUUCGAACAGAAGACUUUUUGCCUGAUUAUGGAAUAUGCUCGAGGAGGACCGCUCAACAAAAUACUGGCAGGAAGGAAGAUUCCUCCGGAUGUACUGGUGGAUUGGGCUGUGCAAAUCGCCAGGGGAAUGAACUACUUACACUGCGAGGCACCCAUAUCGGUAAUCCAUCGAGACCUGAAGAGCUCCAAUGUGCUAAUUUUUGAUCCGGUAAUGAGUGGCAAUUUGAAACAUAAAACACUCAAAAUCACAGAUUUCGGCCUUGCGCGGGAGGCGUACACCACAACCAGAAUGUCCGCUGCCGGAACGUACGCGUGGAUGCCGCCGGAGGUCAUCAAGUCGGGCACAUAUUCGAAAGCCUCAGAUGUUUGGAGUUACGGUGUGCUGCUGUGGGAAUUACUGACCGGUGAAACGCCUUACAAAGGAUUUGACACACUGUCGGUCGCGUACGGAGUGGCCGUCAAUACACUCGCCCUGCCAAUACCUAAGACCUGCCCCGAAGCGUGGGGAAAACUGAUGAAGUCCUGCUGGGAAUUGGAUCCGCAUCGACGACCCUCGUUCAGUAAAAUCAAACAAGAUUUAGAUGAAAUCGCACGUUCCGGGUUUGCGCAAACACCACACGAAUCGUUCCACACGAUGCAGGACGGUUGGAAGAGGGAGAUUGCCGAAGUUCUUCAGGAGCUGCGUAGAAAAGAGAAGGCAUUUAAGUCUUUUGAAGAGGAACUGCGCUCCAAAGAGGAAGAACUGAGCAGGGUGCAGCAAGAGCAGCAAUUCCGAGAAGAAGAUCUUGCCAAACGGAAGCAAGAGUUGGACGCUCGUGAAAUCGAACUGCUGGGACGUGAGUUGAAAAUCAUCAUCACCCAGAACACGCCUACGCCUAAGAAACGAAAAGGAAAAUUUAGCAAGAGUAAAUUAAGGUUAUUGAAACGUGAACCGGGUAACAUUUCGUUUCCGCUCGACUUUCGUCACACGAUAACGGUGCAACCCACGGUCAUUCGGGACGACUGUCGACCGCGGACGGAUACUCCCCCGGGGUCUCCUGCCACCAGACUGAGGGCUAUCGCACUUCCGGCUGAUGGCAUGAAAGGUAAAACCUGGGGGCCAUCGACUCUGCAUCAGCGCGAACGAAGUAACUUGCCGGCACUCAGAUCGACAGUUCGGACGCCGCACUUCAGUAAGAGUGCCCCGAACUUGGACAAAUCCCGCUCGGCGAUAUCCGCCAGUUCUUCGCGUAACGAGAUAUUAGAUUACGACACUGACGAGUGGUACCCAUCUAAUCUAAAUAUCGCCGGUGACAGCACGUCUCUGAGUACGCCGCUUUGCACUAGCCUGACCAGAUUCAAUGGACUUCCCAGCACCAUUCCAAUGCCAACGCUUUAUGCUUCCGAGGGACAGCGAAAACCAAAGUUAUCGAUCAUAGAACUAGUGUUGUACAAUAUUGCUUCGAUGCUGGCGGGUGUCGCCUCCGGCUAUGAUGUUCGAAUAUCGAACGUCACGCCCCUGCAUCCACGGUUACACCCGCCAUCGGUGCUAAAUGACGCUUACCAGCCCCAGCCUAGUCCGUACCAUAAUCUACGUCAGCUGCAGCAACCGCAAUUGUCGUUGCCGCCGAAUCUAGAUAGCAAUGUUGACCAAGAGUUCACCGAAGUAAAUAACGAGAGGAUGUAUGCUCACAAUACUUACCACGGACCAGUGAAGCAUAGCAGGACGCCUUUAUCUUCGCUCAGUCCCCGCCAAGACGACCGACCGCUGCGCUUCACGGACUCGCCCCAGCAUUAUAUUCCUUCGACGAUGUCGACCACGAGCGGUCUGGGAUCCAACUAUACCCCGUCCGGGCCGAGCUCGUCACUGAGUGGUGGCGUCGGGGGCACACAACCACCGACGCCGUCGCCCAGACGGAAAUCAAGCGCAGCAUCCUUCAUCGACUACGGCGAACUGCCGGAGGAGCAGGAGAGCAGAGCUGGCCUCUAUGUGCCUGGUGACUAUGUGAACUACCCGUACCAGGGCAGCAGCGGCAUGUUUACGACCGGAGCGAAUGCGGGCUAUUUCGGUUCACAUUACUUCCCAUAUCGACCGGAGAUUAAUUUCGCCUAUGAACGUGAUACGAAGUCGUACGGCGGGGAGCCGGUUUACGAGGACCAUCACUACGACAGUGCUUCAUAUCAUGAUUACGCGUACGAAGGGGGCACGUCGCAACAACGCUUCAAUGCACCACGUGUUCCGGCGAUGGGCGUAAGUGCUGCCGGUCAUCGUAGAACACUGUCGAACGUUUCCACGACGGCCAGCAAUGUCAAUCAAGGGUUUCAUCUAGAUCAGGAUGAUGACGUUGAGGUGGUAGAUAAUACCAUUUAUAAUUUAAGCCAGUUCUACAUUGGCAGCAAUCCGAACACAGUCAAAGUGCCCGAAUCUAGCUACGUUCCUAAUCGUAUGCGUGAGUAUGAAAACAUUCCGAACUACUUUAAGAGGCAAACUAGUCUGAACGCCGCCGGUUACCCGGGUCACUUUUCUAAUGAAUUUAUAAAUAUCACAAAUCACGACCGACCUAUGAGUCUGGGCCUAGAACACGGCGGAACGCAAACGCCCGGGGCUGGUCCCCAAGUAAAACUGCGUUCUAGCUUGAAGAAACACAACUCUCAGCAGCAACAGCAGCAUCAAAAGAAAUAUAGCACCGGUUCUAGUGGCAGUUGUGGUACGCCGGGAACCACAAAUCAUACGCCUCCGGAGAGUCUAACCAGCGACGACAGUUCGUAUUUGAGUGCAAAAGAUAAUUCCUCCUCGAUGUCGUCUCAGAGUAGGGUCCGCUUCACGCCGGAAAUCCUCUUGGAUGUGCAACAGCCACAUCAACAGCAGCAGCAGCAGCAGCUAUCUUCCCAACAGAUUCAAAGUAGCCAAAAUUUAGCACUCGAGCACGGACCACACGUACCGCUCGGGCGGAGGUCAUCAGGCGGCGCCAUUCCGGUAGCCUCUCAAAGCAAUACUUCUCUCGUCAGCAGACGACGCUCGAACGCAAGCGAAUCCGAACAAUCCUAGCAUUACGUUAAAACCUAUAUGGUGUAACUUUCGAUUUUCCGGUGCACUUAUUGACUUGCGCACUUUUUUAGGGCUAUGUAGGAAGACGAGCGGGUGAUAAGAAGAUUAAGAGAUCAAACAAAGAAGCAAUUUUGCUGCCGCAGAUAUAAUGCGAAAGUGAUUACGUGCUUGAUUUUCUUUAUUGCAGUAUUCAGAAAAAGGAAAAAUAACACUAACUCAACUGAGCUGAGAUCGUAUCAAUUCAAUGCCGGUAGAGCAGCAGUAACUAUAAAAUACUCAGAAAUAUUGCUCCGCGCCACUUUAAGCUUUGCAGAGAAAGAACAAUAAAACAAUUUCCCACAUCAGACCAGUUCAGGCAGUUGUCCUAUAGUACGAGAAUGUUUCCUGCAUGGUUGAAAACAAUGUUUUAUCGCUUUUUAGGUUCGACGAUAUAACGACCGAUAUACAGUUAUAUUUAUGUGCAUUUUUACUCAGUUGGAGAUUCAGUCGGGUGUCGGGUCAAUUGGUAUAACAGUCGUUUGGCAUAAUACUGUCUUAGUGCUUAGCAGACUGCAGUCUGCCUUCGGUAUGGUUCCAAUAUACCAGGUUUCCAGUUUUUUUAAAGGAAUGUUUGAAAAUUUCCUGACGAGAUUCAUGAACAAAUUCCAUUGAAGCAAUUUCAGAAAAAAAAACGUUGGAGGAGUUACUGGAGGAAUCUCUCGGGAAAAACCUGAAGGAACUCCUUGAGAUGAUUUUAGAGGAAUACCUUGAAGAAUGUUAUAAGAAACUUUUGGAGAAAUUUAUGGAAAAAAAUCCUGGAGAAGUUUCUGAGACAAUCCAUGAAGAAGUUUUUGAAGGACAACCUUGAUGAAUUUCUGAAUUGAAUGUUAUAGAAGUUUCUGAAAAAAUCUUCGAGAAUCCGCGAAAAAGCUGCAAACAAAGGUUUAAGGAAUUCUUGAAAACAAUCUCAAUAAAUUUCUAAAUCGAUUUCGGGAGGAUGGUAUGAAACAAACCCUAAAAGAGCUCCUGGAGAUAUUUCUGGAGGAGUUCUUGAAAUAAUUUAUUGCAAAAUGUCUGAAAGGUAUAAAUGGAUAAAAUGCCAUAAAGCAAUUUCCCUAUAGCAAUUUUCGGAUCAUAUUUUUAUCUAAUGGAAGGAUUCUUGAAGCAAUCACCAAAACAAAUUUCAUUAAACAAUAUUUUUAAGGAAUUGAUUAUAGGAACGACCGACUAGUUGGCAAAAUUAUGCCUGAUUUGUUUAAGGAAUCUCUGAAGCUAUGUUAUUUAAACUGGAAAGCUAUGUGCAGUAAUAAUAAAAAGAAUUAUUUGGGAUAUUCCUGGAGAAACGCCAAGAAGUUAGUAUCGAAGUGAUUUCUGAAGGAGCUCCUGAAAGAAUCUUGGAACGUUCCCCGGAAAAUUUCUGAAAGAAUCCCUGAAGAAAGGUUUCUAUAAUUCCAAGAGAAGUUUACGAUCCAACCCCUGCAGGAACUUCCAGAAGAACCUCUUAAGAAUUUUCUGGAGGAGUUCUUGAAGAAACGCCUAAAACAAUCCCUGGAGGAAUUCCUAAAAAGAACCUAAAGGGAUAUAAAGAAAAUCAUUUAGGAAUCUGGCGAGAAACAACAAGAAAAUUAGAAAUUUGAAUUUCUCAAGAAAUGGAAAAAAAUCGAUUCUGAAGAAUUUUUGUCCUGAUUAGAAAAAUCACCCGAACAAUGUAAAUAAUUAAGGAUCAAUUUUUAAAUUGUUAUGAUGUAUAUGUGCGCUGGAAUUUGAGUUUGAAAAUUAGUAACCAGCCAUGAUUUUGCCAUAAUAACACUGGUCUAAACUGAGAUUUAGAAAAGUAUUUCCUUUGAAAACAGGUGCUCCAUGGUAAUGGGCUGCGGAAUGAACAGAACUCAACGUUUAGUAUUUUUUCCCACCUUCUCUAAUGAAGGGGUAUCGAAGUGGAACUUCAACUUGUCGGCUUUGGACACUCAUGUCGGACCUAGUGUUUUACGGACGGAUUGGUCCUAAAAUUGAUUGCUAUUGAUUGUUUAAUGACCAGGUAUUCCGCGGAACGCCUUGAAGAAGUUAGGUGUCCACUUUCUCAACAUGAACUCCUGUAGACAUCAUUUGGUCAAGUUAUUCUCGGAGAAUCAGUAAAGUUCCUUCCAUGUCGUCGUCCAUGUAAACGUCCUCGCUAGUUGCUUGUGCUGUCAAUGGGUACUGUGCUGCUUCAUCUUCCACUAGUUGCAUAACCGUCGUUGAAGGUAAAAGGAGAGCUAGUUUGCUCCAAGCCUUGCUCGUACCUUUUUUAUUGGCGAAGAUCUCCAUAGAAUGCAUCGGAGUGGCGAUUUAGCGUGUACGAUACCAUAGAACAAUAGACCAUAGAUCCUUCUGAAUUACCGGUCCAUCCAGUAAAAACUUUGUUCAACGACACUUUUGACAAUUGUUACCAAAUGGUAACUUUGUGUAUUGAUUGAUGGUGGGGGCAUGUAGGGAGAAAAUUAUAAAAGCUAAGUUUAACGCUCGUUUUAAAUGAGGGGGCGUCGUGCGUAUCGCCGCGGUGCGCAGCACUCCGCGACAAUGCGUGUGGAAAAGGUGGUGAAUUUCGGCAUCCACCUGAAGUGGACGGCGAUAUGGGCGGAAACACCGAGAGUGCUGAAAACUCGGAGAGAAAACCGGGCAAGAAGACUGGGAGAUGGGCAACUGCGAAGGAUCGGGGUUAGUCAUUCGUUACCCCCUGAACCGAAAAGAGGUGUUAAUACCGAGUAUGGAAAGUCGAGUACCAGUGAAAUCCUUCUGCAGUUUUGGAAGUGAUGCUUUUUAUCGACGAGUCGUGAUAGUUAUUCGAAGUGUAUGCCUCCGUUUCUUCCCACUUCUAAACGGGAAUCUGGAUCUUGAGCCAGCACCACGCCACGUGCGGCUUACGGCACGCAGUCGCCCGACGACCACCCGCGGCGGCCAAGGCCGGCCCAUCAGUCCCGAUAACCUUGCGACGGAGCCCCGACGACGUCACCCGUGAAGGCACUCUUUGGAGGGCCUACCGAAGUUAAAAUCGACCGUGCCACUCGCUGUUUCGCCCGCUCGUUCCUCCGGCCAGACAAUUACGUCCGCCGGUCAGUGACAGGCACCUCCGCGUGGAACUGCCUCGUGGAUCCCACGUGGUCCGCCAACCGCAGCGCUCUUUGGUUCUUCCCCGAAUGUUCCGCCAAUCCGGCGAGGUGAAUCAAGCCCAGCUGUUCAGCACACCAGCCGAUUUCCGUGAGUAAUUUCGGCCGCUCUCCGGCCACCUUCCGGGAAUCUGAAGUUUGUUCCGGAUUCGACCGCUCUUGGAACCGAAAGCCUUCGAGGACGAUCCCAGUUUCGGCCUGUGCCUGGAUGCCGAUUGCUGCGCAGGAGAACUGCGCCUUUCUUCCGCCCACCCGAUACCGCGGCCCGGUGCACCCAUCGGCGACACGACCGACCGCCGACGGAAUCUGUGUACCUGUGCACCCCCUUCAGCUGUGCGACGCCCCUCUGGAGGAAAUAAAUUUGUAAAAGGUAAUUCCCAUAAUUUUUUCUAGGACCAACCCCACCGAAAGCUCCCCCAUCGGAAACGCCCUGGGACCCGGGAGUCGGAAGAGGCCUUGAGUGCCCACCCCGGAAGCGGCCGCUGGCUCUAGACCAGCCGCUUGGGGCUUUGGCCCGUCCCCGUCUGGGACGGCGCAAGAAACUCCCGGGGUCAAAUUGAGUUUCACACUGUUUUGCAGGAAGCAUUGAUCACUACUUACUCGUACUUCAGUGGUGAUGCUUGUCUCCUAGUCCAACCGGAUGAUGCGGGAAAUAGCGUCGUUGGACGGUUACUUGAGCGAUGUAGAGCAGUAGGUGCGAGAGUCCAUCACCUUGCCUCAAGGUUAGUUGCGUAACCUGCAGCAACGAACAUCGAUGGCUCGCCAUAAGAUUGUUUGAUUAAAAAACUAUGUGUUAUGACAUUCAGUUUGCUUAUCGUGAUUAGGUAACAUUAUGUAAACCCGCUGUUACCUCAUCCGUUUCAACUUGCUCCGGUGUACCUUACUGUAAGUAGGUGCUACGUAUAGCCAUGCUGUUGGAGGCAGCGUAAUCAAUCAGUCGCAGGCUGGUGGGCGCUGAACUACGAUUGUCGAUCUAAAUUCUGCCUCUUGGCCAACCUUAGUGUUUUAGUUUGUUAUCUUGAUUGACGUCAUGGCUUUCGCAGCUAUCGUUCUCGCGUUCGAGCUGCUCGUAGAAUACGUCCUUGUCAUCUUCAGUGCUUCCGGUGCCGGUGUGUGGGUUGUUCACGUUGAUUACUCUGAAGUUGAAGAAAUGUUAAUUGACCCUCAACUUCCACACUCUCCGGAAUAUCACCCAUCACUGUAAAAGCUGUUCCCAGCUUGCGUGUGUGUUGCCGCAGCUUUGGUAGAUGGUAUGCUUAACUCUUAACGUUCACGCCGUAAAUCCUGUUCAACGCACCUCCUGCUACAAUGCAGAAGGUCCUUCAGUAUAUCUGUAAGGUCGUCACCAAUUGUAUCAGUUCAUAUCUCUUGCUGAUCAUUUCCACCGAUCAGAUCGCAGGACUUACACCAGGCCUGCCCAACCUUUUUCAGCCGCGGGCCACUGGUGAAACUGCAUACCAGUCGACGGGCCAGAAAUGAAAAUUCGUUAAUAAUACAUUACAUUUUUAUCUUUUCUGAACAUGGCUAGAUAAUAGAAAAAACGUUUUUGAAGUUUAAUGUUUCUAAUGAAAUUUGAAAGUUUUUGAUUUCUUGCAGAAUAUUGGAGCUUGACAAAGUAUUUAGGAAGUUUCAAUAACAUGUUUCAAUGUAGUACAAGACAGAGCUAUUGGACAAAAAAUCUCUGAAAGCUUCAAAAAUUGUGAUUAAAUUUUUCAUGUUUUUCCCAAAUUAAGUUUAUGACGUAAUCUUUCUAUUUUGUUUUACAAUCUUAUCAAGCGAAUUUUCACAUUACACAUUAUUUUAUUGUUAAGAAUCUUUUACUUCAAUUCUGUAGGACACUCAAACCAAAUGCUUGCAUAUUUUUAAAUCUUUUAAAAAUUUUACAAAAUAUACACACCUAGAAAAUAUCAUGUAAUUUUAAGUGUCCUGAACCUGACAUAAUACACAUAAUACCAAAUACACAAAUUUAGAGGUUGAAACGUGUAAAUUUACGUCUUUCAAGACACCCCAAAAUAAAACUUAUUUUUUCUUAGCGUCUAGCAAUCGCUAAAACCGAUUUGACAGAUAAAACAUAGAAAAGUAAAAUAAUGCCAUGCAUGGAUUCGAACACCGGAUCUCCUGAUCGUGAGCCACAUCUCUUACCUCUCGGCUAUUUCACCGAGUUAGAAGGUAGCUGAUGAACGUGAUACUGAUUCUACGUUUCUGGUGAAACGAAUUUGUUGACAUCUAACGCAACCAACCAGCACUUACAUGAUGCGCGUAAAAUUGAGUCCAAAUUAUGAUUCAAUCUUGAAAACGUUUACGUUCUUUGGUGAUUCCGUUUCGUGCAAAUUUCAGAAUUUCUAAGUGUGUACUCUAAAAAGUAAUUUUAUUUUUUAAACUUAUUAAAAUACAUUUCCGUUUAAAAAGGAAAAUAAUAAUAAACAGAAUAAUAAUUUCUCGGGCUAAAUCCUAUCAUUUUUGUCCAAUCGUGCCGCGGGCCGCACAAAAUGUACUCGCGGGCCAGAUUCGGCCCGCGGGCCGUACGUUGGGCAGCCCUGACUUACACCUAGACCCUCUUCUUCUUCUUUUUUUUCUUUUUAUUGUUCUUCCUCUAUUUCUUCUUUUUUCUUCUUGGCAUAAAGUUCCAACUGAGACAAAGCCUGCUACUCAGCUUAGUGUUCUAUAAGCACCUAUCCUAUCAUUUAUUUUCUAGGUGAUGAGCAUGUAGCCAAAUCAAACAUUCGAUUAUGCCGAAUGGCCGUUAUUCCAAUUGAGCGUAAUCCAUUUCAUCGUUCGAAACCUAGACUAGAAAUUCCGAAGGACAAUUCCUUCGAAGUCGAACUGUUUUAUGUCAGACAGGCACAUUCAUAAGUUUUCUCGGUUCCAAUCGUAAACAGCCGCUUUUUGAUAGUGAGCUCUCAACUCUUGCAUCUGUGCUCUCAUUAGCCAAUGACAAGAUUAUUCUAUAAGAGGAUUAUACUGGUCUUCUAAGUUUCGCAUAAUUUUCAGGAAAUCCCAAUAUCUCGGCACACGACAGUACAUGCACUACUGGAAUCCCUCCGCCUGGAGUCGAUCGAUAAAUUAAUUUGUUCAAUCCCCCAUAGCUCUGCAUGCACCAUCACGCUCUUACUGCUGCUGUUGCUACUACUGCUACUGAUGGCAAAUGCAGCCACGUUGUGAAACUUUGAGCUUUGAGCCGCUUCUGUUUGUUUGGUUCCUCUUCUCAUUCCCAGUUUGAAAAGUUUUUUUUUUGCGGCAAACUCAUAGAAAAGAAGAAAGUGCAACAACACUGACUGCGUGUGGAACGGGGACAAAGUUAAAGUUGUGUCUCCGCUCUUGCUUUAUGGCUUAAGCGGCGUUACGUGCCGAGGAGAUGCUUGUCCUCCGUUGGAUAGAUUUUAAUAGUCCUGUGUAUAUCGGAAAAUGUAUAGAGGACGGCUGGAGGAAUAUGAGGAGCUCAAUGUAAGCUUUGAAAUAUAUCAAAAGCCAAUUAAUUCUUGCUUCAACCAUGCAGGUAUUCACCAUCAGUAUUAAGUAAAAUUUCCGUCAAAACUAUUAAUUGCAAGCUACCCAAAGUAUACUCCUGAGAAAAUAUAUAAUCGAAACAAGUACGUUCCAAAGUUUUGUUCAAGUUGAGAUUAGCAAACUGUACCUAUAAACUGUCACUAUGUACGACUGAUUUUAUGUUAGUUACGUCAUUGGCACCGACAGCCUUAAAUUACGAGGUUUACAAAGUGGCUUCAAUAGAUGUGUAACCAAAAAACGAUCCCAAACUGCAAACAGCAAGAACCGACAAUUGUACACAGAAUGGACUGUAAAUAACCCCGGAACGAGUAUUAAGCGCUUUGAACCAAUUUAGUGUGUUGCAUCGGUAUAUUGAAGUUUGUAAUAGGAUCUCAACCCUUACUGUGUGCUACUGCCACACAACAACGGAUGAAGAGAAAAGAAAGGACCGUAUAAACGGGGAGAGUUCCAGCUCUUAUUCGGAUUUAUUGCAAUUUGUCGACUCAUAGUUAGCGCCCCAUUCCAGCACAUACCCACAUAGAUCUGCAAACAUUCCUACAUGUGUUUUUGCCGAAAUGCAACUGUACCGAGCGAAGAGAACGAAUGAAGCAAGAUCGUUUGUAAUUAGUUUUAUCCAAUUAAAUUCGAUUGUAUUAUAUACAGCAUUAAGUGGAGAAGAAUUGUGUGAACACGACGGCGGUGGCUAUAAGCUUCAGAAGCGAGAAAGGCUAAAGUGGAAGGUUAAUGAAACAAAAAGGCACUUAUUCUAGUCGUUUAAGAUUUGAUAGUAGUAUUUUUGGGUUUUUAAUUAAUUUAUAUUUAUUACCAUUAGGAGAGCUAGCGCCGACAAAGUUUUAUAUAGCGUUUAUAUUGAUUUCUCGUUGCUCUAGCAAAAAAUAAAAAUAAAAGAAAAUGCAAUGUACGGUAUAAGAUACGAAUCGGAAAAGAAAAACUACCAAACGUUUGCGAUGGGAAAUGGCGGCUCAUGUGAUUGCGUUUUCCUGACGAUAGCGACGAAAAUAAAUUGAUGAUAACUUA